UUCCAGAGAGACCAGACCAAACAAACCGAACACAAGCUGCGUUCUGCAAGCGCAAGCGCAAGCGCAAACGCCUCCCCUCUUCCCCUCCGUUCCCUCCCUCCCUCCGCCUUCCUCUCGACGUCUCGUCGUCGUCGCCGGCCGCGCCUCCGGCCUCCGACACGUAGCCCUGGCCCCCGCCAUUUGAUGCGGAGGCCGCGGCCGCCAUGUCGUGGGGCCUGGGCUGGAAGCGCAGCUCCGAGAUCUUCCACCUCACCCUCGACUACGGCGACUACGCCGACACCGACGAGCGCCAGCCCCCGUCCCCGCCACCUCCGGCGUCCUCCUCCCCCUCCUCCUCGGCGUCGUCGACCCCGACAUGCUCCUCCUCGCCCACCGCCGCCACCCGCAACGGGGACCUCGGCUUCCGCAUCGACCUCGACUGGUCGGCGGGGGACGACGAGGACCAGGUCGCGCUGCGGCUCCAGUCCCAGCUCAUGGUCGCGCUGCCCCCGCCCCACGACGCCGUCUCCGUCGACCUGACCCCGAUGGACGGCGGGGAGGAAGGGGUGCGGAUCGAGAUGCGGGUGGUCCGGAGGCGGGAGGCGCUGCGGUCGGUGCGCGUCUCGCGCGCCCCCGGGUCCGCGCUGGGGAGCGGAGACGGCGGGGGCGUGCUCGCGCGGCUCAUCAGAUCCAACCUCGCGCCCGCGCCGGCCGUGGACGGGCCUACCGCCGCUGCGGGCGUGCCCGUGCUCGCGGAUCACUGGCGCCCCGUCGCCGUGCUCAGCCUCUGCAACUGCGGGCUGUCGGUUCUUCCAGUUGAGUUAACCCGCCUUCCACUUCUCGAGAAGCUAUAUCUUGACAACAAUAAGUUGUCAGUUUUGCCCCCUGAAGUUGGUGCGUUGAAGAAUAUGAAAGUGAUGUCAGUUAACAACAACAUGCUAGUUUCUGUCCCUGUAGAACUGCGACAAUGUGUUAUGCUGGAGGAAUUAUCAUUAGAACAUAACAAGCUUGUCCGGCCAUUGUUGGAUUUCAGGUCAAUGCCCAAGCUCCGAAUUUUGCGCUUGUUUGGAAAUCCUCUAGAGUUUCUUCCAGAAAUCUUGCCACUGCAUAAUCUCAGGCACCUCACACUUGCAAAUAUUAGAAUUGAAGCAGUGGAGAGUCUUAAAUCUGUCACUGUGCAAAUAGAGACUGAGAACAGUUCCUACUUCAUUGCAACCAGGCACAAACUUAGCGCCUUUUUCUCUCUUGUUUUCCGUUUCUCUUCUUGUCACCAUCCUUUGCUAGCUUCUGCUUUGGCCAAAAUAAUGGAAGAUCGCAGCAACCAUGUUGCUAUUAGCAAAGAAGAGAAUGCUGUCAGGCAGCUUAUAAGCAUGAUAAGCAGUGAUAAUCGUCAUGUGGUUGAGCAAGCAUGCCUUGCUAUUUCAUCACUGGCAUCUGAUAUUACAUCAGCAAUGCAGCUGAUUAAGUGUGACAUUAUGAAGCCUAUUGAAGCUGUAUUAAAAUCAUCUGAUGAAGAAGAGUUAGUAUCAGUAUUGCAAGUAGUAGUCACCUUAACUUUUGUUUCCGAUCACGUUGCUCAAAAGAUGUUGACGAGAGAUGUGCUGAAGUCAUUGAAAGCACUUUGUGCACAUAAGAACUCCGAGGUGCAACGUCUAUCUCUAUUUGCAGUUGGCAAUUUGGCUUUCUGCUUGGAGACUCGUCGCACCCUCAUGCAUUCUGAAAGCUUGCGUGACCUUUUAAUCCGCUUAACUCUUUCACAAGAGCGUCGUGUCGGCAAGGCAGCUGCACGUGCUUUGGCAAUCUUAGGGGAGAAUGAGAACUUGCGUCGAGCAAUAAGAGGAAGGCCAGUUGCGAAGAAGGGUCUGCGCAUUCUGUCAAUGGAUGGUGGCGGCAUGAAGGGCCUUGCAACUGUUCAAAUGCUUAAACAGAUAGAGCAAGGAACUGGGAAACGCAUACAUGAAAUGUUUGACCUCAUAUGUGGUACAUCCACUGGUGGGAUGCUUGCAAUGGCUCUUGGAAUCAAGCAGAUGACCUUGGAUCAGUGUGAAGAAAUAUACACAAAACUUGGAAAACUUGUGUUUGCUGAACCUAUUCCAAAGGAUGAAGCUGCUACUUGGAAGGAGAAGAUUGAUCAACUUUUCAAAAGUUCGUCACAAAGUUUUAGAGUAGUUGUACAUGGGUCCAAGCACAGUGCAGAUCAAUUUGAGAGGUUACUAAAGGAAAUGUGUGCCGAUGAAGAUGGUGACCUUUUAAUUGAAUCUGCUGUUAAAGGCAUUCCGAAGGUUUUUGCUGUAUCCACUUUAGUCAGUGUCAUGCCUGCCCAACCAUAUAUAUUCCGUAACUAUCAGUAUCCUCCUGGCACUCUGGAGGUAUCACCAGGAAUGGCAGAAAGUCCAUCAAUUGGCGCGAUUGGUACAGCUGUUUCUGGUGCACCAGUUGGUAUUAAACGCGGUGCCUUCAUGGGGAGCUGCAAGCAUCGUGUGUGGGAAGCGAUAAGAGCAUCUUCUGCAGCUCCAUAUUAUCUGGAUGAUUUCGCUGUUGAUGCAAAUCGUUGGCAAGAUGGAGCUAUUGUGGCCAAUAAUCCCACAAUCUUUGCCAUAAGAGAAGCACAACUUUUGUGGCCAGACACACGAAUAGAUUGUCUAGUCUCGAUAGGAUGCGGCUCAGUUCCAACUAAGAGUCGGAGAGGUGGAUGGCGCUACUUGGACACAGGGCAAGUGUUAAUAGAAAGUGCAUGCUCAGUGGAGAGAGUUGAAGAGACUUUGGAUACGCUGAUACCAAUGCUUCCUGAAAUGCAAUAUUUCCGCUUUAAUCCAGUUGAUGAACGGUGUGGUAUGGAGUUAGAUGAGACUGACCCUGCUAUCUGGCUUAAGCUGGAAGCUGCAACUGAGGAGUACAUUCAGAAGAAUUUUCUGGCUUUCAAGAAUCUUUGUGAGCUUCUGGUCCCAAGAUACCCAGAGGAAGAAAAGUCAUCUGAUAUUUACAAAUCCCUGUCAUUUUCAAGACUGACGUCAUUAAAUCAAGGUUUCAGUGAAAGUAAUCCUACCUUAGGAUGGAGGCGUGUGGUUUUGCUUGUAGAGGCUUCAUUUAGUCCUGAUUUUGGGAAGAAAAUAAAUCAUGCACGUUCCCUUGAAUCUUUCUGCUCCCAUAAUGGUAUUAGGUUAGCUCUUAUGAAUAGUGCUUCUGGGUUUGGGAAGCCAGCUACUGCACUUCCUACUCCAAUAACUUCUCCCCUAUUUACUGGAAGUUUCCCAUCUAGUCCACUCCUAUAUAGUCCUGAGGGCACUCAACGGAUCGGUCGAAUCGACCUAGUUCCUCCACUUAGCUUGGACGGGCACCCAACUUCAAAGUCCUCACCGCCAACAUCACCAUUGAAGUCAAGGCAGCCAUCUGCACAUGUUCGAUCACUGUAUGAUAAAUUGCAGAAUAUGCCUCAAGUUGGUGUGAUACACCUGGCUCUUCAAAAUGAUUCAACUGGUUCAGUAUUGAGGUAUCUUUCACAUGCUUCAGCAUAUUUUAUUUUCUUUCAGGUUUAUAGUUAUGAGUGUGUGACACAAAACUACUGUUGCAGUUGGCAGAAUGAUGUAUUUGUGGUUGCUGAACCUGGAGAACUUGCAGACAGGUUUCUGCAGUCUGUCAAAACUAGCUUGUCAAACUUGUUGCGUGGCCGUAAUAGAAAAGGCGCAUAUUCCUUGUCCAAGAUUUCAUGUUUGUCUGAGUUUGUUGCUGAAUGGCCAUCUUUUGAAAUUGGUGGGAUACACCACCGCUAUAUAGGUCGUCAAACACAAGUAAUGGAAGAUAACCAAGAAAUUGGUGCAUAUAUGUUUAGGAGGACAGUGCCUGCUGUUCACAUGGCACCUGAAGAUGUUCGAUGGAUGGUUGGAGCAUGGAGGGAGAGGAUCAUUGUAUGCAGUGGUAAGUAUGGCCUUACACAUGGCCUGGUCAAGGCAUUCAUGGACUCUGGCGCCAAAGCAGUCAUCUCUUCAUCCAUCGAGCCUCCAGAUUCCCAGACAAUAGCCUACUACGGGAUGGAUGUAAAUGGAAGCCUGGAGAACGGGAAGUUUGUCAUCGGGGAUGAGGAAGCCGAUGAGUCAGAGCCUGAACCCGUCAGCCCUAUAAGCGACUGGGAGGACAGCGACGCCGAGAAGAGUGGCAACCAUGACAUGGAUGAUGAGGAGUACCUGGCUCAGUUUAUGUGCUUGUUGUACGACAAGUUGUUCCGCGAGGGCGUGACGGUGGACACCGCUCUGCAGCAGGCGAUCCGGUCGCAUCCCAAGUUGAAGUACAGCUGCCACUUACCCAAUGUUUUGUAGUUAGCGACACUGACAAACCGUACAAAAAUACACCAGAAUGGACAUGAAAAAUACUAGAAAACAAUAAGGAUAGGGCGGGUUCAUAGUGGGGUUAUAGAGGUCAUAUCUUGUUCGUUGUGCAGGCGGAGGUAACAGAAUGUAUCCCCUACUGAACCUUUUGCCUAGAAAGGCUUUGUAGAAGUAUAUGUACUCGUGGACAUAGCAGUGAAGCUGAUUAAUAAAAGCAUGAGGGUUUUGAUAUC